AUGGCUGAACGCGGCGGUACUCGAGGAGGCUUUGGCACACGAGGUGGUCGUGGCGGCGAAGGUGGCCGUGGUCGAGGUGAAGGUGGCUUUCGUGGUGAAGGCGAAGGCCGUGGUCGAGGUCGUGGAGAAGGUGGUCGCGGUCGUGGCCGUGGUCGUCGUGGUCAACGUCCAAAGGAAGAUACUAAAGCAUGGGUACCAGUCACCAAACUUGGUCGUUUAGUUAAUGAUGGCAAAAUUCGUACACUUGAAGAAAUCUAUCUAUUUUCUUUACCCAUCAAAGAAGCUGAUAUAAUUGAUCGUCUCUUACCUGAUCUUAAGGAUGAAGUACUUAAAAUUAUGCCAGUACAGAAACAAACUCGAGCUGGUCAACGUACACGUUUCAAGGCUAUCGUUGUUGUUGGUGAUGGUAAAGGACACAUUGGUCUUGGUGUUAAAUGUUCAAAAGAAGUAGCAACUGCCAUUCGUGGUGCUAUUAUUCUUGCUAAACUCUCCGUUAUACCAGUACGACGAGGUUAUUGGGGUAACAAAAUUGGUGCACCACAUACAGUACCAUGCAAAGUAACAGGUGAAUGUGGUAGUGUACUCGUACGUUUAAUUCCAGCACCUCGAGGAACAAGUCUCGUAUGUGCUCCAGUACCAAAAAAACUUCUCCAAAUGGCCGGUAUUCAAGAUUGUUGGACAGCAGCUAAAGGAUGUACCGCUACACUUGGCAAUUUUGCUAAAGCAACAUACGCUGCAAUGGCAAUGACUUAUUCAUAUUUGACACCUGAUUUAUGGAAAGAAACUGUCUACACCAAAACACCAUUUCAAGAAUACAGUGAUCAUCUUGCCAAUACACAUAAGAAAUAUACUGUUGGUUUAGGUGAUAAACAUUAUCAAUAA